GAAUAGGGUUGGGAGAGCGCGUGGGAGGGGGGAAUUGGUGGGAUUGGCAGAUGCAUGUCAUAAGGUGAUGAUAAUUGUGAUUCGGGCAACUUACAUAUAUGGGCACACCAUUUUGUAACAUAUGCACUCACACCCAAUCUCUUGUACCGCAGAUCCAGCGUUGAGGUAUGAGAAAGCCGUCGCAGGCGUCGUCCAGGGCAGCUGCCAAGACCACCCCCUGCUGCGCCAAAGUAGGGCUCAAGAGAGGGCCCUGGACUCCCGAAGAAGACGAGCUCCUCUCCAAGUGCAUCCAGAAAGAGGGAGAAGGCAGAUGGCGCACCCUCCCCAAGCGAGCCGGUCUCCUCCGCUGCGGCAAAAGCUGCCGCCUCCGCUGGAUGAACUAUCUCCGCCCCUCCGUCAAGCGCGGCCACAUCGCCCCCGACGAGGAGGACCUCAUCCUCCGCCUCCACCGCCUCCUCGGCAAUCGGUGGUCUCUGAUCGCGGGCAGGAUCCCCGGGAGGACCGACAACGAGAUUAAGAACUACUGGAACACCCAUCUCAGCAAGAAGCUCAUCAGCCAAGGCAUCGAUCCCCGCACCCACAAGCCCCUCAGCCCUAAUAAUACCCACCCUUCAACCACCACUGCUGCUGCUCCGUGUUCGCUCCAUCAUCACAAUUCAUCGCCCAGCCUCCCUGCUUCCGCUAAACCUAAUCCCAGUAAACCUCCAGUUGCCGAGCAGGACCCCCGUCCCUUCUGUCACGCCACUCCUCCCCCUCUCUCGGAUCCAUAUGAUCACCCCUUGGCCCCCGGGGAUCUACCCCCACCGCUCCCCUUGUCCAAUACCCCCACCAAUCCCGAUGACCCCGUGGACGACGACGACGACGACGACGACGUUGUCGAGGACGAUAUCAACUACUGUACCGACGACGUUUUCUCCUCUUUCAUCAACUCCCUCAUCAACGACGAUGCCUUUUCUGCUCAACAGCACCCUCCGCCCCCUCCAUAUAAUUCCACUGGCGGUGUCGCCUACAACGAUCCCGCCAACAACAUGCCCGAUGCAGAUCGUGUCCGCUAGCCACUCAUGAUCCUCCAUCCUGCACCAUCACCUUCCACUUCGUUACUUCUACGAGCCCUAUUGCUACCGGAGUGCAUUUAUGUAUUAUGUUUUGUGUCUAUCGUGUAUUCUAUAUUUUGGUCGUUCCAUGUAUUCAUAUAUAUAUAUAUAUAUAUAUGUGCAGCUCAACCAUCAAGAAACCAAGAGAAACUAGUACAUUAUUGUGCAAUACAUGCAUUACACACUGGGCAUGCCGUGUCUAUCUCAAUGUCCGUGUUAGUAUCUCACCUACGGUUUUUUAUUGAAUGGGGUCUUGUAUCUUGCAUGUAUUCACAUAUAUGUAUUAUCUUCUUGAGCUUUGUUGUACAACAAAACAGUCUGUUUGUAAUAGAUUUGCCUCGUUUAUGUAUAACAUAUUCAAUUCAUAUAUAUGCAAGAUGGAAAUGCGCAUGUUAAUUCUACUA